GUUACGCCCAGAAUAACCCAGACCACCGGGCGUGCCAGAGAUGCUCUUCACCACUGCGUGUAAUAACCAACUACGGUUCACAAUACAGAGGACCGCGAGGACGAGCUCAACCCCUCUUCCGCUAGCAGGAUACGCAUUCCGGGUGACUGAUGCAAAUGCGCAAUCGAGUCAUGGUUUGUCCUUCCAUCAGCUGUCCUAAAUGAAACUCGGGUGCUUUGCAAGGAUGCUGCAUCUUUUUAAUUAAUCCUAACUCUUAUGUUUGUUUUGGAUGGGAAUUGUCGAUAUAUUUUCAAUGAACGAUAUGAUUGUGAUGUGUAGCGGUUUUCUGAAGGAGAAGAGCAUCCUCACCGACUCCGGUCAGCGGGAUAAGGCGUGUAACGGACCUGAGCAUCUUUUCUCUCAAAUGGACUGUAAAGCAGGGCCCACUCCUGUUGCAUGAUCCUGUGUUUACAUAUGAUGUAAUUGUUCAAAGGCAUGAAUUUGAUAUUUUUAUAAGGAUCGACGCUGCCAGUCCCUUGAGUAGUCUCGUUUGAUCAACUCAACACGUCAUAAAAGCUCUUGGUAUGGCUGCAAAGUCCUUAGAGCCAGGGUCAGUGUCCAUUCCAAUGGAGGAGACCAAGCGUGCGGGAGGAACCCCACAAGAUGCUGCCUUGCUGACUCACUUAAAGAAGGUGGAGAACCAUAUCACAGAGGCACAGCGAUUUUCUCACCUGCCUCAACGUUCAGCAGUGGACUUGGAGUUUACAGAGCUUUCCUACACCAUCCGUGAAGGCCCCUGCUGGAGGAGGAGAGGAUAUAAGGCCCUUCUGAAGUGUCUGUCCGGAAAGUUCUGCAGUCGGGAGCUUAUCGGAAUCAUGGGUCCCUCAGGGGCUGGAAAGUCCACUCUCAUGAACAUUCUUGCUGGCUACAGACAGACAGGCAUGAAAGGUCAGAUCCUGGUAAACGGGCGACCCCGUGACCUCCGCACUUUCAGGAAAAUGUCGUGUUACAUCAUGCAGGAUGACAUGCUACUGCCAAACCUCACAACACGAGAGGCUAUGAUGGUCUCAGCUAACCUCAAACUUAAUGAAAAUAUGGAAAUGAAAAAAGAACUGGUAAAUGAGAUUCUCACCGCAUUAGGACUGCAGGAGUGUGCCCAAACUCGUACUGUCUCUCUAUCAGGUGGCCAGUGUAAGCGGUUGGCUAUCGCUUUGGAGCUGGUCAACAACCCUCCUGUCAUGUUCUUUGAUGAACCAACCAGUGGUCUAGACAGUGCAUCCUGUUUCCAAGUGGUGUCCUUGAUGAGAUCUCUGGCUCAGGGAGGAAGAACCAUCAUCUGUACCAUCCACCAGCCCAGUGCUAAACUCUUUGAAAUGUUUGACAAGCUUUAUAUCCUGAGUCAAGGUCAGUGCAUAUAUAAGGGGACAGUACCUAACCUUAUCCCCUACUUGAAGAACCUUGGACUCCACUGCCCCACGUACCACAAUCCUGCAGACUUUAUAAUUGAGGUCGCCUCUGGGGAGUAUGGUGAUCUGAACCAUGUACUCUUCGAGGCUGUCCAGGGAGGACUGUGCUCAGAUGAAGUCAAAAAGAACUCCAUUGACAAGAAUGACCCCACAACAUCCUGUCCCUCCCCGUGUCAUUAUGUGAGUGAUGGACACACACCCUCACACACAAAAUCUGCCUUUCAUCAGUUUCACUGUAUCUUAUCCACCCACCUCUUGUGUUAUUGUGUUUUCAUACAGGAUUCAGGCCAUAUUGAGAAACAUACCUUUGCCACCAGUACCCUCACACAGUUCUGCAUUCUUUUCAAGCGAACCUUCAUCACUAUAUGCAGGGACAUGGUAUUAACUCACUUGAGGGUGAUGUCACACCUGUGUAUUGGUGUGCUGAUUGGUCUGCUGUACCUGAACAUUGGAAAUGAUGCCAGCAAAGUGUUCAACAACACUGGCUUCCUCUUCUUCUCCAUGCUGUUUCUCAUGUUUGCUGCACUCAUGCCUACCGUCCUGACAUUUCCACUGGAGAUGCCCGUGCUCAUAAGGGAACAUCUUAAUUACUGGUACAGUCUGAAGGCAUAUUACCUUGCUAAGACCAUGGCUGACAUUCCAUUCCAGAUAAUUUGUCCAAUAAUGUACUGCAGUAUAGUAUACUGGAUGACAGAGCAGCCUCCAGAGGCAGGUAGAUAUCUGCUGUUUAUGGCACUGUCCACCUCCACUGCCCUAGUGGCUCAGUCUCUGGGGCUUCUUAUUGGAGCUGCAUCCACCUCACUGCAGGUUGCCACAUUUGUAGGUCCAGUCUCUGCUAUCCCAGUCCUUCUGUUCUCUGGCUUUUUUGUCAACUUUGACACCAUUCCUAAAUACCUUCAGUGGAGCUCCUAUGUGUCAUAUGUCAGGUAUGGCUUUGAGGGGGUGAUCCUCUCCAUUUAUGGCAUGAACCGCUCAGAGCUGGAGUGUCCCAGUGUGGUGUGUAAGUUCCAGAAGCCGGAGGAGGUCUUGCAGCUGCUGGAUGUGGAGGAUGCGAAGCUCUAUGUGGACUUCAUGGUGUUGGGGGUCUUCUUCUUAAUUCUGAGACUCUCCACUUACUUAGUUCUGCGCUAUAAAGUCAAGUCAGAGCGUUAGAGCUAGCGCUCCUCAUUAGGCAUACAUAUAAUUUAACAUACACAUAGACUGCACACUUUCAUGUUUGUUUUUCCAUCAUGGUGGGGAUGUUCCAUUGACUUCUAUUGUUUUUCUAUACCCUUAUAAACCCAACCCUAACAGAAACCAUUUUUAGAUAUUACAUUUUAAUUUAAAUUAUUUAAUUAAAACAUUAGUAUGUUUAUUAAAUCUAGGUGAUUUCAAGUUUUACCAUCUCUGGUGUCCCCACAAUGUUGGCAAAAUAAGACCCGCACACACAUACACAGAUAUAAAUGCACAUAGCGACUGCACACAUGCAAAGAACACAGAAAACGGUGCACACUGGUCCAUAUAACGCUUUACAGUUAAUUUUCAGACCAUACCAAUCCAAAUGCAAAAUUUGAAAAACUGUUUGAAACUUUCAUUUUUCAUUUUUUCCAGUUACUUCAAGAAUGAAUAAAUGUCCUUUUCUUCAAUUUUAUUACUUCUAAAUUGCGACUUUAGAAAAUAUUUUUUGAAUAAUUGACAUCACCAAUUUUCAAUUUUUCAAUUUUUUUUUGUCUUGCAAUUUGCACUGUGGGCUGUACCAUUAGCGCAGAGGUGUGGGUUCACAACAAUUAUUCCAAAAUUCAUUUCUGAAGUCACAAUUAAGAAAAAGUAAAAUGGAAGAAAAUGAGAGAAAAGAUAAAUUAUCCAUUCUUAAAGUAACUGGAAAAAAAUGAAAGUUUCAAACCGUUUUUUUAUUUUUGCAUUUGGAUUGGUAAGGUCUGAAAAAAUUUACUGUAAAGCGUUACACAAACCCACAUUGAUUCCGGGGCCAUUAUUUGGCAGUGCAACAUUAUCCUUAGUUUUUGUUACUUGACUUUUUAAUUCUCAAAUAAGUAGAUAAUAGUUCAUUAAGACUUUGUUGGUCUUGAUUUUUUACUGUAAUUUUUGAAUGUAUAAUUCCAUGCAGUUAAACGUUGUAAAUGCAUUGUACCCUGAUGUGACUUUGAACUUUGAAGCAUGAGUCUCUGUCGACAGGACUGGAUGUAAUAAUAAUGACAAUCCCAUGACAGCCCACUCUAGCAUGUGGAUCGGCAAUGAGCCAUCAUGUAAUUCUCUUUAUACCAGAUUGAGAGAUAGUCAUAUUGUCUUCUUGUUAAUGACUUUCAUUCAGACCGAGGCUAAAGAACCAUAUUUAUUUUGGAAGAGAGUGCACUGCUUGCUUGGGGGCACCUUAGGACAUGCAAGAACACAGAACCGUGCAGAAAUGUCCAACCAUUUCAACCAAGUUCAAAUCCAUUGUAUCUUUCAAUUUGCCAGUCUUCCCACCAAUACUCUGAGUUUCUGCAGGAGUUUUUAUAAUAAUAUGCUACCAUUCCUGUGAUGACCUGCUCAAAGAACACUUUGAAGAACAUUUUACAGUCUCAAGGCAAUUCUCGAGACUCCACGUCAGCCUAAAGCUAACCAUUUGUGGAAUGUUGCAGCAAGUGCCCUUGAUGUGAACUGCCUGUAAUUUUUACUGAGGGGGGAACUUAAACAUCUUGCUUGACAAACAUUUUGGCUGCCAGUAUCUAAUCCGUCUGUCCUCUUACCUUGAAUUUUCUGACAACUGCCACUGUGGUCGCUUAAGAGAGCAGUUUGUGUUGGGCUUUCUCAGCUGUAUCAGGAGGGAUCAUACUUUGAACUUGUACAGUAAACUAGCUCCCUACAGUGACUGAAAAGGCGAGGACUUCAAUGUGAAUUGGUGCUGAUCACAAAGCACCAUUGACCUAAUUACAUUUACCCAGGAAUGAAACAUAUCAAAUGAAAAUAAUCUGCAAUCCUAAUGUCUGAUAUUAAGACUGUCCUAUAACAGCUGAAGCUGGUUAUAUACUUACGUGAACAUAAAUACUGUCAAAAUAAGACUUGCAAGCCUACUUUCUGCUUUUUUGGGUCUGUUCCCUGUACACUUCAACUGCACUUCUGAAGAUUUCAGGACUCAACAUUUGCAGUUAGCUGCUCAGUCGAAUGAGUGAUGCACCUGGCCUGAGAUGUGUGUCCUGAUAAACAUGGAAUGCUGGAUGAACAGUAUAUGCAUCUUCAGUUGUGUGGCGUACUGCUUAUAAGCAUGGAUGGAUAAAUCUAUACCUCUUGUUUGCACCUGUAUAUAUAUACACUUCUUCCUUUCCCUGCUUCUGCUCCCUAGCCAGGCUACUCAAUACUGCAAUGCAAUGCAAACAUCUUCACAACUGACUUAAUGUUUUUGAGUCCUGCUAUGUGUUAUGUCUCCUUAUAUAUUGAAGAAUACUAAUAACUUGAUUAUAUACACGAGGAAAGUAUAUGUGUCAUGCUUUAUGUGAAAUUGUAAAUACACGUAUGCACUUUUGUUGAUGUUGUUUUAUUGGAACUUUUUGGAUAUUUAUUUGAAAUUAAUUUUAUUUUUUAUAUCCGUAAAGAUGACAUGCACUGCUGGAAAAGGGAGUAUUAUGAAAAAGAAAAAUGCAUGAUGAAUUUGGAAUCAAAAAACAAGAUGCUGCAAGGAGUUUAUGUUGCACAUGUGUUGUAAUCCAAAAGGACUCCUAACUGAAUUGAAAUAAUCUGCAGAGGGUUAAUUUUUUGGGACAUCUUUGUUUUAGAAACGUUAUCAUUGGGCUCCAAGUUGACUCCACUAUAACUCCAUUUGAGUAAUAAAAAGUGAUUUUGAGAUUUUGAGAGAGUAGGUUUGCCCUCAGAACAGAGCGUUCUCAUUACAGUCAGUGGAACUUAGAGAGACUCUUACUCAUGGUACUGCAAGGUAUGAUUGCUCUUUUUUUUAGAACAAUCUGUCCACUGUAACAUUGCACACAGCUUUAAAUAAGAUCUUUUGAUCAUCCUGCAAUCAAGGAAUCACUGCUUUAAAAUCAGCUUUUCUUUAUUGCCAUAUGGUAUACCCAAGGAAACCUAGGUCAGCUAAGAUCCUAGGUGGGCACCCUUGGCCGUAGAUGCUUUUAGAGCACAGAAUCCAUUUUCAAAAGUGCUGCUUCAGAAAUGGGGCCAAUGAAAUGUGGAUAAACUAUUAGCCACACAAAAAUUCUGUACUCAAUAUUGUGUGAUACUAACCAAUCUGCAGCCUGUUAUGUUAGCGUGUUUUGUGUACUAUUUCCUUUGGAGUCAUUGGACAGGGUUAGAAAUGUUCACCAUCAAGAUUUUUUCCUGUAAUGGAACACAAAUGUGACAGAAUGUGCAGAUAAAAUCUCUAGUGUAGAGAGUUGGGUAAUACCUGUUUCUAAUAGCAAUAGUAUUGUUCUGUGCCUUGUGAAUGAUAUCUAAUCCUUGAAUAUUCUAUAUAUUUCCAGUGGUUGUCUGUUAAUUCUCCAUUGUAACAAUCAUUUUGGGUGUCUGCGCCAUUAAUGUGUGUUUUUAUGGGUUGCUGUACUGGAGGGUUGAGAUCAUAAGGAUGAGAUUAUAUUUCACACACUCAUAUUUAGCAGUCAUAUUUUAUUAACAAGUAUUCCAGCAAUUUCUCUCUACAUAAAGUCACAUUCUUUGUUACACAGUGUGCAUGCCUUAAUGAACACAAAGCCUUCAACAUCACCUCUCUCAGAUUAAAAAAAAAGCAGCUAAAGUGCAAAUGGAUUUUUAAAUAUUGAAAAAGAUUUUUGCUUUAUUGCAGAUUUAUUACAAUUAGCUUCCCAGUUUUUCUGCAUAAAAAUGUUUGUCUCAUCAGAAAUGCAAGUUAUGUGUACUAAACCAUGUUCAAAUGAUUAUAAUAAAUACAUUUAUAUACUAUUA